AAUAAUGAGCUCAACUAACGAACGAGACAUUUCUAGUCAGUCCAAACAUUGCUGAUCUGCUUCACCAAGGCAUUGCGCUGACAACGUCAGCAGCUUGAGCUUUCCCUUCAGACCGGAAUCUUCCGAAGAAACCCCACAGCCGUCAGGCUCAGCAGGCAUUUGUUUAUUGACCAGGCGUACGUUUGACUUUGAAUCGUCCUCCUCUAGUCUCGUUCUCGGCUUCUCGCUCGUGUUGUUAUUUGCUUUCGCGUCUUCCUAUCCAUUUCCAUCCAUGCGCACCCGAGCUGUGGCGGCAUGGUCGUCUCGCCCACCGCGUUGGCGUCGCAGCAGCAUAUAUAAAGCUCGGUCGAGAGAACGAGGAGGUCAGACGUCCAGAGCUGUAGCAGCAAACAAGCAAGCAACAAGAAGCAACUUACUCGAUCGAGUGGAAAUCCGUUCAACUUGGAUUGAUCUGAUGGCGCGCGGUAAGGUGGCCGAGUGGAUACGGAAGCGGGCGAUGCCGAGGAAGCCGGCGGCCGGGCGCCGGAGCAGGGCCAGCGGGGCGUCGGAGCCGAUACUAAGAGACGCGGAGGAGAGCUGGAGCGGCGCCACCGGGGCGCCGGCGCCGAUGCCUGCUAGAAAGAGCCCCGGGAGCGGGAAGGGUGCCAAUGGCGGCGCGGCGGCGCACUCGAGCUCGAAGGUCCGGGCGGUCGGCUUCUUGUCGGCGCUGCGGUGGCGGCCGCGCGUGAACGUGCUGGCGGUGGUGUACGAGAAGGUGGUGUACCACGUGAUGUGGCUGGUGGAGUCCGUGGUGGUGGUGGGGAGGCUCAUCUUCUUCCUCAUGCGCUUCGGCUUCAAGCAGCUCUGAUUCUGAAUUCACCCGAUGCUAUGGUGUUGGCGUCAGAGGGUGGUGGACAAGAAGCGUGCGUGAUUCUUUGGUUGACUGUUUUUUUUUUUUGGUUCGUUCGGUUUCCUCUGUGCAAAUUCGUGUGCCGUUUUUCCCAGGCUUCCGAUCCGUAACAGGUUGUAAAUGCCCUCACUCAGCCCUCUUGUGUAUAAAGAAUUUUCUGUGUUGGUUCCUGUUUGAU